AUGGGCGGAGUUUACCGCGAGGAUCUUGCGCACUCCCGUCGGCAAGCCAACCGCUUCUAUUUGGUGUCACAGGACGGUGAAGACCUAGAGCUCCUUCGCCAGAGGGCACGGAGCCUACGAGCACUCGGGCUGGCCCGCGUGCUCACCACUUCACGCGCCUGGCGCGUCAAGGUCAGAAUCCCCACAGCCCCAGCAGCCUCCAUGGCUCGACUCAGACUCCAUCGCCCGGCGCUUCCCGAAGCGUCGCGAGCGGCACCUCAGAAGACGGUGCCACGUCCAACACAGACCGCCGCACAGACCGUCGAUCUGAGGACUCGGUGGAGAAUUCCACAGCUGGGCAUGGGAGCCUUUGAGGGCCCACUUCUCUCGACUGCCUUAAGGCAACAUCCUCAGAAGCUGGCGAAGUUUGGAGUCUCAGAUGCAUUCGAAAUCAGACCUGCUGACCUGCUGCGAUUCAAUUCCGUCUGA